AACAAUGGAGAUUCCCAACCUCCAUGGAAAGUCACGUUGCUUCUGCCUCUUCUUCAACCUCCUUACUGCCAUCAUUGCUUGCCUUGAUUCUUUUGCGGCUGCAGAGACCCACUACCACGAAUUUGUUAUUCAAACCACACCGGUGACGAGGGCGUGCAAAACCCUCAACAUUCCCACUGUGAACGGGCAGUUUCCGGGGCCAACAGUGAGAGCUAGAAAUGGAGAUUCACUUGCUAUCAGAGUGGUAAAUGCAGGCAGAUACAAUAUUACUAUCCACUGGCAUGGCCUUCGAAUGCUGCGAAAUCCUUGGGCAGAUGGACCUGGUUAUGUGACUCAGUGUCCCAUCCAACCAGGGGCCAGCUACACAUACCGCUUUACUAUCACUAACCAGGAAGGCACACUAUGGUGGCAUGCUCAUGUGGGAUUCCUCAGAGCCACUGUCUAUGGAGCUAUCAUAAUCUAUCCAAGAUUAGGCUCUCGCUAUCCAUUCCCAGUGCCAAGGCGAGAAUCUCUCGUUCAUCUUGGGGAAUGGUUUGACAGGGAUCCUGUGAGUCUCUUAAGGAUGACAGAUUUUACUGGAGCACCUCCAAAUGUAUCUAUUGCAUACACAAUUAACGGUCAACCUGGAGAUUUCUACAGAUGCUCAAGUCCAGAUACAGUACGAGUUCCAGUAGAACCCGGUGAGACAAUUCUCUUAAGAAUAAUCAACAGUGCACUUGAACAAGAACUCUUCUUUACAGUAGCCAACCAUAGAAUGACAGUUGUUGGCACUGAUGCAAGUUACACCAAACCUUCCACCACAAGAGUGGUCAUGAUAGGACCAGGCCAAACAUAUGAUGUUCUCCUCACAGCUGAUCAAAUCCCAGGUCAUUACUACAUGGCAGCACGAGCUUAUGAAACAGCCCAAAAUGCUCCUUUUGACAAUACCACCACCACUGCCAUCCUUGAAUACAAAUCUGCUAGCUGCUGCAACAAUAGAUUGUUAAGACCAAUCUUACCAGUUCUUCCACGCUUUAAUGAUACCACAACUGCAACCACAUUCACCAAUGGAAUCAGAAGCCUUUCCCAGAAUAAUGUGUUUACAAGUGUCGAUGUGAGUCUAUACUUUGUAGUUGGGCUAGGAUUAAUCAAUUGCACAAAUCCUAACAGCCCACGCUGCCAAGGACCUAAUGGAACUCGCUUCUCAGCCAGCAUGAACAAUGUUUCUUUGGUACUCCCAAGAACCACUUCCUUAAUGCAAGCAUACUAUCAGGGUAUACCUGGUGUUUUUACCACAGAUUUUCCUCCUGUUCCUCCUCUGCAAUUCAAUUAUACUGGGAAUGUGCCACGUGGCCUGUGGACGCCUUCUCGAGGAACUAAGCUGUACAGGUUGAGGUAUGGUUCCAGGGUGCAAAUAGUUUUCCAGGAUACAAGCAUAGUAUCACCUGAGGACCAUCCAAUGCAUAUUCAUGGAUACGACUUCUACGUAGUCGGUUCAGGUUUUGGCAAUUUCAACCCAGCAACGGAUCCUGCUAAUUUUAACCUUGUUGAUCCACCUCAAAGGAACACUAUAGGAACACCUCCAGGAGGAUGGGUAGCCAUUCGAUUUGUAGCUGAUAAUCCAGGAAUUUGGUUCAUACAUUGUCACAUAGACUCACAUCUUAAUUGGGGUUUUGCAAUGGCGUUGCUGGUACAGAAUGGAGUUGGACCAUCACAGACAGUAAUACCACCACCAGCAGAUCUGCCCCAGUGUUAAAAUCAAGAAUGCAUUAUUAGUAAUAAAUUUUAUGUUCAUGAAAUAUUGGCUCAUUGUGUUGUGAAUUCUCCAAUUUUUUUUUCCCAAUAGUCAGUGUGGUUUUGUACUCUCUUUCCAAGUCCAGACUAGGGUGAUGCUCCAUUAAGCAGAUUAUUAGCUAUCUUGUUAAGUUUAAGGCUCUUGUAUUACAUUCAAAGAGGAAUCCUUUCUUA